AUGGGACUGGAGGAUCUUGCUGCUGAAGAUGGAGAUUUAGCUCUUGUGUUCCCUUCUGGGCGUGGAUCAGGGUAUGCAGCCUUGAAUGAAAGGAAGGUUCAAGCAGUACUCAAACACACACUAUCUGUUUUUAAAUUGAGCUGUUAUGGAUCCAAAUCGGAUUUACACAGAGUAAGUUGGUAUAUAUUUGAUUCUAACUGUUUGCUAAAGAGUAUUUUUCCCUUAACUUUUGAUGUCUUACCUCUGCAGCAGCAGUACAGAGAAUGCCAGGAACUUCUGAGCCUUUAUCAGAAGUACCUAGCUGAGCAGCAGGAAAAACUAUCCCUCUCCCUUUCUGAACUCAGUGCUGCCAAGGAAAAGGAGCAGAAGGUAUCCAGUAAGAAGAGCUUAUGCCAGCAGCCGUCGUUGGAGCUGGAUGGUUCCUACUUGGGUAUUGGGGGAUCUCAAACUUUGCAUAAGAACGGUAAAGCAUCAAAGGUUGGAAGCCCAGCCCGUGUUGCAUUGCCUCAGCCUUGCAGAAAUAAUUAUGAUUGUGGGGCUGAAAUUCACUACAACCAUCAGGAAUCUCUGAAGGAAUAUCCGGUAGAAAAUGGCUUGCAUAGGAAGUGGAACAACAUGAUUUCCCCAGCCAAACAGAGAAGCCCUCGCCAUGUAAAACCACCUCAGGAUAUUGACCAGAAAUCAAAUGAAUUUCACAGCACGUGCCCUCAACAAGUCAGUCAUGCUUGUGCCUGCAAGCAAGGAGGAUGCUCAGGGAGCAUGCAGGAGAGCCACCAGGUCAGCCAGGUACUUAGAAAACACUCUGCACCAGUUCACAAAACCUGUGAUGACUCUAGGCUCUCCCAAGUUUCUGGGCUGAAUGACAGUGUGGACUCAAGGCAAAAAGAAACAGAGAACGCUAAAAGGUUGUAUGAAGAAAGAAGGCAGAAGUUGCUUCUGCAGAAAAUGGAGCUGGAAAUUGAAAAGGAACGACUCCAACAUUUACUGGCUGAGCAAGAAGCAAAACUGCUCCUAAAACAACAGCAACUACACCAGUCCUGUAUGGAUUAUAACAGAUUUAGAGGCCACAUACCUGUUUCAGAAGAUGUGCUCAUUGAUGAAGCACCGGGAGAACUUGCUGUGAUGAUGAACAGCAAGAGCAUGGGGCUAAGGUAAUUUCUCUUUUCACUU